AUGCGGUUACUAACCGUCCUAACAAGGCCCUUAAUGCAGGGCUCGAAAUCUUUACGUUAUGUCCGUCAUAUAAGAAUUUUGAGGGAAACGCAUGUGAAAGGACUCUUUAACUCAAGUCGUUCAAAGCUGGCCACAAUUCUCAAAUCACCCACGUUCAAGAAGUCACAUGCUCUGACUGCGGGUUCAGCUACUGCAGCGGUCUUGGGCUACUCCCUUUUCGGCGCAGAAGAACAAGGAAUCUCGGUCGAUGAGGUUAUGCUCCAUAACAAGCCUCUAGACUGUUGGAUUGUCCUCAAUGGUGAAGUUUAUGAUGUCACUGCGUUUCUGCAGUUGCACCCCGGUGGUGCUUCCAGGAUUAUGGAAGUGGCAGGUAAUGACGCGACAGAAAAGUUCUACGCUAUCCACUCUGAUUCCACCCUUGAAAGAAUGAAAUCUCAACUUGUUUAUAUUGGGAAAUUGAAGGGUGCCUUCACAAAAGUUAUGACUGAAGAUGAGCUAAGAGUUCAAGAAAACAAAGCAAAGCUGCCUCCACUAGGCUGGGUUUAUAAUUUAUCUGAUUUCGAAGGAAUAGCAAGAAAGAUCUUGCCCAGAUGCACUUUUGCUUACUUUGCUACUGGCUCUUCUGAUGAGUUCACCAUUAGGGAAAACCACUACGCCUACAGUCGAGUCUUCUUCAGACCUAUAAUAUUACAAGAAACUGGUUAUGACGUUGACACCUCGACCACAUUCUUGGGCACCAAAGUUGACCUUCCUAUUUACAUCACAGCUUUUGCCGGUUCUAAGUGGGCACAUCCUAUGGCCGAGCUGAAUCUUCAAUCAGCCGCUUAUGAUGCUAACGUCAUGCAAAUGAUUCCUAAGCAAAAUUCUUACAGCAUUGACGAAUUUUUCGCACACGUUCCUGAGGAUCAAAACCACUGGUACCAAUAUCACUUUGAUACUGACGAAGACAUCAAAAACGUCGGAACACUGAUUCAAAGGCUAGAACAAGAGCCAAGUGUCAAGGGACUUUUUUUCAAUGUCGACUUGCCCACAAUUGGAAAUAGGGAAAAGGAUACCAGAAUGAGGGCAUACAAUUCAGCUGAAAGUCAAAGCCUUUCGAGCAUUGUUACAAGUGAUAGAAAUUACGCCAGUCUGUCUUGGAAAGACAUUGAGAAUAUUAUCUCCUCUACCAAGCUCCCCGUGUGCUUGAAAGGAGUUCAGAGAGGAGAGGAUGUAGUCCUUGCAGCUGAAAGAGGUGUAAAGGCUGUUGUUCUCUCAAACCAUGGUGGCCGGCAGCUAGACUUUUCCAGGCCACCACUUGAAGUGCUGGCAGAAGCUCAACAAAUGUUAAAAGAGAAAAAUCUCGAUGGGAAGAUCGAAAUCUAUUUGGACGGUGGUGUAAGAAGGGGAUCUGAUGUUGUGAAAGCUCUAUGCUUGGGUGCAAAGGGCGUUGGACUUGGAAGGCCCUUCCUGUAUGCCAUGGCGGGCUAUGGUGAGGACGGUGUCACCCACUUACUCGAGAUUCUCAAAGGCGAGGUCGUAAACAACAUGAAACUCCUGGGCGUGGGAAAGGUUGAAGAUUUGAAUGAAAGCCUAGUUGACGCAACUAACUUGAAAUUUCGCAACCCACGCGUGAACGACGUUCUCUACGAUCAAGGCUACAUGCCUUUAAAAUUUCCCGUUUUGGAGGAAUGA